CGUUUAGACGUGGCGGAGGUCUCCAUAAUCUAUGUCAAGGUUAUCAGUUGGAAGCUUUACUUGAAUAAUUUUUAUUUUUACUUUUGUGUACGUGACUAUUGCCCUAGUUUUUUAGAACAAAAGUUUUUAUAACAGUUUAAAAAUUAGAAAAAAUGCUAGCUCAAAUAUUUUUAGUGUCGGCAUUAAUAUGGAUGGCAAUCUUGUGGUGGCAGAACAGGGGGAAAAGGGAUUUGUGCAAAUACAUCAAAUCUGAUAUACCUUGCUACCCAUUUAUUGGAAUGGCAUACAAGUUUGCUGGAAGCAAUGAAGACAAGAUGAAAACAGUGAUGGACAUUGGUAGAGAAGCCAUUAAACACAAUGGCUGGACACACUUGUGGCUUGGAAUGCAGUUAUUUGCAGUGGCCUGUGAUCCCGCGGAAGUAGAAUUUGUUGUCAAGACUUAUCUCGAGAAAGACGAUGUCCUUAAAUUCACGCAGAUGCUCAUAGGCAACGGCAGCAUCUUUGCCUCAGUGCCAAUAUGGAAGCCGCGCCGCAAGGUUCUGGCGCCGACCUUCGCACCGAGGAAGCUCAAUCAGUACAUGCACGUGUUCCAAGAACAAGGAGCCGUGAUGGUGGAUGAGCUCCGCAAGGUGGCCGAUAAGGGCAGCUUCUCGAUUUGGAAGUUCAUGACGACGUACACUAUGGACUCUAUUUGUGAAACCACACUUGGUUGCAAAUUGGGCGUCCAGAGGCAAGGAGACCACCCCUUCCUGCAGAACUUGGCAGAACUGGCCGAACUAAUAGCCAAGCGCAUGCUGUCGCCUUGGCUGCACUUUGACUUCUCCUUCAAACUCACCGGCCAUUACGAUCGGUGUAUGAGAUAUAUUAAUGCCAUCACUGACUUUGUGUCUAAGAUAAUAAAGUCAAGGAGGGCUGCGCUGAAGAAAAAUAAUAAUACGAGUAUAAGCGAUGAGUAUACUCCAAAGCCAUUCUUGGACCUACUGAUCGAAUCGUCUGGUGGCGCGGAACACGGUUACACCGACAGGGAGUUGCUGGAAGAGUCUCUCGUGAUGCUGAUUGCCGGCAACGACACUUCAGCGGUGGGGGCGUCCUUCGUAACCGUCAUGCUGUCGCAGCAUCUUGAUAUGCAGGAGAAGAUUUAUAAAGAAAUACAGGAAGUAUUCGGUGACUCGGACAGGCCAAUCACAGCCGAGGACCUGCCUCACCUAAAGUACUUGGAGGCCUUCAUAAAGGAAACGCUCAGGCUGUACCCACCAGUACCAAUCACGGCAAGGAAAGCAGACAAAGAAUGCGUCACCCCUGCGGGCACAAAACUCAUUCCCGGAGUGGGCGUGGUGAUCCACAUGUGGGCGAUCCACCGCAACCCCCGCUACUGGGGCGCGGACGCCGAGGAGUUCAGGCCGGAGCGGUUCUUCGACAGCCCUCCGACCCAUCCAGCUGCGUAUAUGCCGUUCAGCUACGGUUCAAGGAACUGCCUUGGUUACCAGUACGCGAUGAUGUCUAUGAAGACCAUCAUCACAUCACUCGUGAGGGAGUACAAGGUCCUGCCCGCUUCAGGGACCAGCAAUAAGGAGCCUCUACGAUUACAAUACGACGUCAUGAUGAAACAUGUUGAUAACUACGAAGUCAAACUGCAGACCAGAAGUCACUGAGGAGAAGGAAUGAAUACAAUACAUUUAAGAAGAAUGAACAAUAAAGACUCGAAGGCCAUGUCCAGAUGACGGUUUUUACUCGCGCGUUUUGAAUCGCGCGAUUGAGAUUCUGAGGCAAUACUCGCGACUGCAUGUGGACAGAAUGUAUCACUCUCUAGUACCUCACUAUCGUGUGAUUCGAAACUUGCGAGUAAAAACGCGUCAUCUGGACAGGCUCGAAGAUACUCCACUAUAGACCGGUCAAAUUUUUGACAUAAACCCUGCAAUAAUUCGCAUACAGCUGAAAAUUGGUACGAAUGUUCGGAGCACCAUUAUGAAUGAAAUGUGAAAAGUCCCCAUCGAUCCGUUAGGUGCUAAAAAAAUCAAAGUUAUAAAAUACGGGUAUUUUGCGAUUUUCAACCAAACGGUAAGUUACAUCAUAAAAAUAUGUAAGACAAUAUGUAAAAUAAUAACUAUUAAAAUUGUCUUUACACUUUCUCCUAAGAGUCAACGUUUCUGUGAUACAGUGAUUCAAUUUUCAGCUGUAUGCGAAUUAUUUGCAGGGUUGAUGUCUAAUUUGACCGGACUACUAGGAGUUGUGGUCAUGAAUUGAACGGUUUGGUGAUAUAAAAUAGUGAUAUUAUACAGUUUUGAAUACAUUAUGCUUUAAUAAGUUAGUAUUUUUAGAACUAAACUGCAUCUAGACUAGACAGGCCAAGAGAAGAGAUCAAAGUAAAACGCCUAUUUGAAUUUUUCAAGCAAAGAUGCAUGUGAAUGACAUUAUGUGGUAAACAAUUUAGUGGCUAGUACAGAACAGUUAUAUUGUGCAUUUAAGUAUAUUUAAGAAGUAGGUGCUUUAAUUUUGAAAAUAGCUAGAUAGAUAGAUAA